UUCUCACUCACUCUCUCUCUCUCUCUCUCUCUCUCUCUCUCUCUCUUUCUCUCUCUGUCACGCUGUCUCUUUCCAUUCCUCUAUAGCUGUGCUUGCUCAGUAACAUCUCCUCGUUCUGCAUCUAAACACAGGGCAAAAUGACGUCCAAGCUGCCGUCUAGCAAGCCGAAGCCCACGUCCCCCUUCAGGAAGAGGGGGAGUCUGCAGUAUGCUGCCAGCACAGAUGUGCGUGGUGGCCAUCAUCUCCUAACUUCCCAGUAUUCCUUGCCUGGUAUCCCAGUAGCCAAGCACGGACCUGUUGACCUGCGGACUUCCAUGGAUGGCAAAUACAAAGAAAUUGCUGAGGAGCUGUUCUCGCGCAGCCUGGCGGAAAGCGAAAUGCGAAGUGCUCCCUAUGAGUUUCCAGAAGACAGCCCCAUCGAACAGCUGGAAGAGAGGCGUCACCGGCUCCAGCGGCAGAUAAGCCAGGACAUCAAGUAUGAGCCUGAGAUUCUCCUGAGAGCCAAGCAAGAAUUUAUGAAGACAGACAGCGCCUCAGAUCUGGAGCGCCUGAAGGAGCAGAACCAAGUGCCUGGCGACCUGUACCCAGAGCGAGAAUUAAUACCGGAGAGGGAGUACCAGCGAGUCACCAUCUCUGGAGAUGAGAAAUGUGGAGUCCCCUUCACAGACCUGCUGGAUGCUGCUAAGUGUGUGGUGAAGGCUCUGUUCAUCAGAGAGAAGUAUAUGACCCUCUCCGACCAGAGUUUCUGCACGACUACGUUGCGCUUCCUGCAUGAGCUUGGAGACAAGCCUCUGGACCUGGACGUGUAUGAGGACCUGCCCGAGGCCUCCGUAACUGCAGAUGCCCCAUUUCACCCCCCUGUAUCUAAGACCCACCCCUACGAGGGUCUAGAUCCUACAAGUUUGCCCCCGGAUAUGGGCUACAGCCUCAAAAUGCUGGAUGGCGUCAUACAUGUGUAUACUCACAAAAGCAAAAUAGAGAAGGCCACGGAGCUAGAUCUACCCUACCCAGACCUGCAGGAGUAUAUCGCUGACAUGAAUGUCAUGAUGGCUCUCAUCAUUAAUGGGCCAGUGAAAUCUUUCUGUUAUCGUCGACUCCAGUACCUGAGCUCAAAGUUUCAGAUGCACAUCCUCUUAAAUGAGAUGAAAGAGUUGGCAGCACAGAGGAAGGUUCCUCACCGUGACUUCUACAACAUACGCAAGGUGGAUACACAUAUCCAUGCCUCAUCUUGCAUGAAUCAGAAGCACCUGCUCCGCUUCAUUAAGAGGGCCAUGAAGAAGUCCCCUAAAGAGAUUGUCCAUGUGGAGAAAGGACGUGAACAGACACUUAUGGAGGUCUUUGAGAGCAUGAACCUCACAGCUUUUGACCUCAGCGUGGACACACUGGACAUGCAUGCAGAUCGGAACACGUUCCAUCGCUUUGACAAAUUCAACGCCAAAUACAACCCCAUUGGCGAGUCCAUUCUCCGAGAGAUCUUUAUCAAAACAGACAACCAUAUUGAAGGGAAAUAUUUUGCCCACAUUAUCAAGGAGGUUAUGGCAGACCUCGAGGAAAGUAAAUAUCAAAACGUUGAGCUGCGUCUUUCCAUAUAUGGCCGCUCCAGAGAUGAGUGGGACAAACUGGCCCAGUGGGCUGUCAGACACCAGGUCUACUCAGACAAUGUCCGCUGGCUCGUCCAGGUCCCUCGGCUGUUCGAUGUCUACCACACCAAGAAACAGCUCUGCAAUUUCCAGGAAAUGCUAGAGAACAUCUUCAUGCCUCUGUUUGAGGUCACUGUCAAUCCAAGCAGCCACCCAGAACUCCAUGUCUUCCUACAGCAUGUGGUUGGCUUCGACAGUGUAGAUGAUGAGUCCAAACCAGAGCAGCACAUCUUUAACUUGGACAGUCCUCUCCCUGCCAACUGGAUAGAGGAGGACAAUCCACCUUACUCCUACUAUCUCUACUACAUGUAUGCCAAUAUGACCGUGCUCAAUGACCUGCGCAGGAGAAGGAACUUCAAUGCGUUUGUGCUGAGGCCACACUGUGGCGAGGCAGGUCCUAUCCACCACCUGGUGUCUGGUUUCAUGCUCUCAGAGAACAUCUCACAUGGACUGCUCCUCAGGAAGGCUCCAGUGCUGCAGUACCUGUAUUACUUGGCCCAGAUCGGCAUUGCCAUGUCUCCCCUCAGCAACAACAGCUUGUUCCUCAGCUACCACCGUAACCCACUACCCGAGUACCUGUCCAGAGGGCUCAUGGUCUCCUUAUCCACUGAUGACCCUCUCCAGUUCCACUUCACAAAGGAACCCCUAAUGGAGGAAUACAGUAUAGCUGCUCAGGUGUGGAAGCUGAGCUCAUGUGAUAUGUGUGAGCUGGCCAGAAACAGUGUGCUCAUGAGUGGUUUCUCCAACAAGAUGAAGAGUUAUUGGCUCGGUCCCAACUACAUGAAAGAGGGCCAGGACGGCAACGACAUCCGACGCACCAACGUGCCGGACAUCCGCGUGGCGUACCGCUUUGAGACACUGUGUGAGGAGCUGAAUCUGAUCACACAGGCAGUAAGGAGUGAGGAACUCGAGACCAUUGAAGAGGAAGCUUCUAUGUGCAUGAGCACAGUGCAGGGGGCACAGUAAGGAACGGCAACACCAGCACCCAGUAGCCUCUCUAAAUAUGAUUGGUGCCCAGUUUGGUGGCCAGUUCCAGCAUGCAGUGUUGGUUCUAAACUAAACAGGAUAUCUAACCUGACCUUGCAUCUGUACUAUCUGCUGACAUGGCAUCCUUCAAGGUUAUGCACCUCAUAACGUCAGCAGCCAGUGGUAAAUUUUACCCAAGUACCAGUCAGCAAUGUCUUGGGUUCUGGAAUAGCUCCAUGUUGACUACCAGCAAGCAUGGCAAACCUAUAUGUUGAUUUGCUUUGGUGCAGGUUUGUGGUGGUAAUGCUAUUGUUCAACAUCUUUUCAAUACAUUAUUUAAAAAAAAAAAAAAAAAAAAAAGAUCCAACAGUUGCAGCAACGUGUGACUGGGGCAUAAAUAGAAACUCACCUUGACCAAGUGGUCAUGGAUGCUUGUAAUGGAAAAUGGGCAGCAUGGGUCUUGGUUCCAUGCAGCAGAGCCUCUACUCUACACUGCGUCUGUGAGUUCAACAUGAUUUCAAACAUCUCUCUCAUCUUUCAUUUAUAAAUGUGUGUGAUAUCUUUGUUAUCUUGAUUUGGCCUGGUAAUGUCCUAUGUUAUUAUUCUAUGUUUUAUUGGUAGAUUUAUUUAUUAGGAUGACAUUUUUGUGUGUGUAUGUACAUGGAUAAAUGUAACUGAAUUGUUAUUUAUUGCAAAUCAAAAUUCUUAUCAAAGUGAAGUUUUUUUUCUUCUGGUCUUGUUCUAUCUUAAAAUUACAUACUUUAAGAUGUUUUUGAGCUUUAAUUACUAACAAGUUCAUAAAAGUGUAUAUAUAAAGUACUCGUGAUUUUUAUAUGCCUCUAAAAGCAUUAUAAUUUCACACAGCUCAUUAUUUGAUAUAAAGUAUGAAAUAUUUUGGUGAUUAUUGUCCUAAAAACAAACCCCUCAGACAGUUCACAUCUGUUCCCUCUUCAAGCUAAUCUGUUAUAAAGUUCAGUCUUUAUAGCUGUUUAUAGUCUUUAUAUGGGCUUGGUACACUAUUCUAGUUACAGUGCACAAUUUCUCUUAAAGUACCCAUAGUCUACAUUUUCUUUUUAUUGAAUAGUUUCCUUGAUGUCUAUUUCUAAUGCUUUAUGUUCCAAUAACAGCCAUAAUUCAUUUUUUCACACAACCAUUUCACAACGCUUCUUUAUAUCUUAAAAUUAAGCAGGCUGCUUUUUAGACAGAUAUAAGCUAAAUGAGCUCUGUUCUGAUUGGCUGCCCUGUACUAUGCCUCAUUCAGAAAGCACUCAGAGCUGUAACAUGCCUGAUAACAGUGGGUGGAGCUAAACUGCUGUAAGAUGAAUAGGAGGAGAUAUGUGGAGUUUGUUCUUGUGACAUCAAAACAAAACAGUGCCUAAGCUGUUUUUGCAGCUUAGGUUACAUAUAAGGACUUUAUGGACUUUGAGAGUGAAGAGUGUUUUGAAACUAUAACAAUAUUUACAUAGUACUUCAAAUCCAAGAAAUUCAUUUUUCCAUGAAGGCCAAUUAAAAAUAACGUUAAAACAUUCAAAAAAGCUAAUUAAUUAUCUAUUAAAACAUAGAAACUCCAUUAAGUGGCAAUCUAAAUAACCAUAUGACAAAAUAUGUUUUAAGCUGUGUAUAACUUAAGAUAUUCCUUGUUUCUGACAAAUAUGAGCUCUUCAUUUUGCUCACUAUUCCACAGCACUAAAAUUACCUUUAGAAUAAAAAACUAAAGUAUCUUAAA